AUGUUAAGUGGUCAUUCUUUUUUUCUUUCUUUUCAUUCUCACUCUUUCUUUCUUUCUUUCUUUCUUGUAAUUCUAUCUUUGCUUUUUCUCUUUUCUGUUUCCCUCACUAUUUCUCUCAUCCACUCACUCACUAACUCACUCACCUUUUCUUUCUUUCUUUCUUUCUUUCUUUCUUUCUUUCUUUCUUUCUUUCUUUACCCAACCUUUCUUUCUUUCUUUCUUUCUUUCUUUCUUUCUUUCUUUCUUUCUUUCUUUCUUUUCUUUACCCAACCUUUCUUUCUUUCUUUCUUUCUUUCUUUCUUUCUUUCUUUCUUUCUUUCUUUCUUUCUUUCUUUCUUAUCAUUAGCUCUCUCUCUAUCUAUCUAUCUUUCUCUCUCUCUCUCUCUCUCUCUAUAUAUAUAUAUAUAUAUAUAUAUAUUCUCUUUCUAUAUUAUCACUUCCUCUCUCUCUCUCUCUCUCUCUUUCACUUUUGUCUACUUUCUUUUCCCCUUGCCUGUGCCGCCUGUAUGA